GUAACGGUGACGUGAUGUGAUGCGAUGCCGCGCGGGAUCACGGUAACGUAAGCGCAGCAGCAGCGGCGGCGGCGGAGGAGGAGGAGGAAGAGGAGCAGGACUGACGGUCGAGGCUGAGCCGAGCAGGAUGCAGCACUGACGGUCCGAUCGGUACCGGGAUUAGAGGAACGCAUCCCACCGAGCGAGCACCGGAGCCCGCGGCUGGUACCGACCCGAUCUGAUGUGAGGCUGCGGGGAUGGACGGGUAGCAGGAGGCGGAGCGGACCGACCGAGCGACGGCACAUAACGGAGGAGGAAGAGGAGGAGGAAGAGGAGGAUGAAUCCGGCUGAGGGAGGAGGAGAAGCGGGCCAGGACGGCCUGGCGACGGCAGGUUCUGGUAAAGCAGAAACUGUUCGGGCCGUGGAUGUCCUGACGGUGCUCAGAGAGAAAGUGGCCUUUGUAUCAGGUGGAAGAGACAAACGAGGCGGACCAAUUCUUACCUUUCCAGCAAGGACCAAUCACGAUCGAAUAAAACAGGAAGAUCUCAGCCGAUUGGUCACCUACCUGUCAACAGUUCCCAGUGAGGACGUUCGAGCUCGUGGCUUCACCGUUGUGGUGGACAUGCGCGGCAGUAAGUGGGACAGCGUGAAGCCGGUGCUGAGGACGCUACAGGAGUCAUUUUCCUCCAACAUCCACGCAGCGCUGCUCAUCAAACCGGACACCUUCUGGCAGAAACACAAGACCAACCUGGGCAGCGCCAAGUUUAGCUUUGAGACCAGCCUGGUGUCAGUGGAAGGCCUCUCCCGGCUCAUCGACCCGUCCCAGCUCACGGCGGACCUCGGCGGCUCUUUGGAGUACGACCAUGUGGAGUGGACUGAGCUUCGUCUGGGACUUGAAGAGUUUUCUGGAGCUGCAACGCAACUUCUGGCUCAGCUGGAACAGCUAGAGGCCGGCUUGAACCGCAUACCAGAGCCAAAAGACGUGGACGAGGCCCGCAAACUCCUAGAGGAACACAGUCGUCUCCGGAACACGAUUGCCACCGCACCAGUGGAUGCCCUCGACAGAGAGGGGAAGAGCUUGCUUCAGCGAAUGCGCCUGGGCCACUCACACGGUGACGGCUCCACGGAGGGCGGGGGCGGAGGAGGCGGCGGCACCUGGCUGUCAGGGGGGGCCGACUUCCAGAGUGUAGCCCCAAAGGUUUCCUCUCUGCUGGACCGGCUGCAGGCAGGUCGCACCCACCUGCUCCAGAGCUGGAAUGACAAAAAGCUGCACCUAGACCAGGGUCUGCAGCUGCACCUGUUUGAGCAGGACGCCACCAAGAUGUCGGAGUGGAUCGCUCACAGCAAAGAGCUGUUCAUGCAGAGUGUGACAGAAGUCGGUCAGAACCACCAGCACGCUGUCGACCUGCAAACACAACACCAGCACUUCACCGCCAACUGCAUGAACGGGAGCGUAAACGUGGACAGCGUGGUCACCGUGGCAGCGAGACUCGCCGAGGCCGGCCACUAUGGAGCGGAGCGCAUCGCCAUGGUGUCGUCACGGUUACAGGAAGAAUGGAAGGCCUUGACGACCGCCCUGGAGGAGCGCAGCAACACGCUUGCCAUGGCAACUGGCUUCCACCAGGGGGCAGAGCAGUUCCUUCUGCGGGUGGAGGGUUGGGUUAAGACGUGCUCCGAAGGAUCCUUACCAACUGCAACAGCAGAGCUGGAAGCUGCGACUAAAAAGCACCAGGAGCUAAACGAGGAGAUAUCUGCCAACUACACGCAGGUCAGUGAAAGUGGAAAAGCCUUAAUGGACGUCCUCCAGCGUAACGGCAGCAGUGGGUCUGAAGAGUCGGCAGCCAAGCCAGACUUCGCCCCCGCCACGCACACCAUCAUGGGAGUUCUGCACCAGGUGAUGCAGGGUCACCAUGAUGUGGAAGGAGCCUGGCAACACAGGAAGCUCCGCCUCCACCAGCGCCUGCAGCUCUGCGUCUUCCAGCAAGACGUCAAACAGGUGUUGGACUGGGUGGAGCAGCAUGGAGAGGUUUUCCUCAACAAACACACCGGGGUGGGGAAGUCCCUGCACCGGGCGCGGGCGCUGCAGAAACGGCACGACGACUUCCAGCAAGUCGCUCAGAACACCUACACCAACGCAGAGAAGCUUCUGGAGGCGGCCGACCAGCUGGCCCAGGCCGGGGAGUGUGAGGAGGAGGAGAUCUACCAGGCGGCCAGAGACCUGGAGCUGCGGAUGCAGGCCUUCAUCCAGCGUGUGGAGCAGAGGAAGCUGCUGCUGGACCUCGCCGUGUCCUUCUACACUCACACUAAGGAGCUGUCGGUGUGGAUGGAGGGCCUCCAGAAGCAGCUGACCUCUGACCUCUUGGUGUGUCCAGACACGGUGGAGGCGCUGCAGGCUCUGAUCAGCCAGCAGCAGCAGCAGCAGGCCAACACACAGGAAGCUGCGAUGAGUGUCAUCCGGGAAGGAGAAGACCUCAUCCUGCAACUCAGGCCCCAGGGCAGCUCGGUGGCCCAUGUGGAGUCGGUGUUGCAGCAGCUGGAGGAGUCCCAUGCUCAACUGGAGGAACUUUUCCACCAGAAGAAGAUCAGACUGGACAUUUUCCUGCAGUUCCGCAUACUGCAGCAGUGCACCCUGGAGGUAACUGGGGAAAUGGAUGCCUGGAAACAGGACCUCCAAAAGCAGUCCCAGGACUUUUCAUCUGAGAAGCUAACGUCUCCACGGCUAGCUGAUGCUAACCCGGAGCAGCUAGCCCAGGACAAGCUAGCCCUGGGCCAGUCUCGCCUGGCCGAGGCCACACCUGAGGCGUUGACCUUGGCUCAACAGCGUAUCCACAGGCACAUGGAGCGAAGGCUGGCGAUGAACAAUAUGAUCUAUGAGGUGAUCCAGCAAGGUCAUGACCUUCAGCAAUACAUCGCAGAGGUCCAGGCAUCAGGUAUGGAGCUGUCCGAGGCGGAGGGAGGCCUGACGGCGCAGGUGGAGGAGCUGCAGCGCCUCCUGCAGGACAAACAGAAGGAACUGCAGCAGAUCGCAGACCACACACACACAUACCUGGAGCAGAACCUGCAGCUCAGACACCUGCAGAGCCAGGUCAAACAGGUGCUGGGCUGGAUCUCUGAAGGGGAGAUGAAGCUGUCCUCCUGCAUGCUGAACUCCAGCUGUCUGUCUGAAGCUGAGCAGCUGCAGCGGGAGCAUGAGCGCCUCCAACAGACCAUCGAGGCUCUGCUGCAUGCAGACUCCCUGCAGAGAACCCACCAGGUGGCGCUGGCUCUGCAGCAGCGAGCUGAGCUGCUCGUCAGGUCAGGCCAUUACGACCCGGACGCAGUGAGGGCCUGCGCCCAGACGGUGGCGCUGCACUGGCAGACGCUGAUGCUGAGGAUCGAAGACAGACUGAAGCUGGUCAACGCGUCUGCCGCUUUCUACCGGACGUCCCAGCAGGUGUGUGGCGUCCUGGAGAGUCUGGAGCAGGAGUACCGCAGGGAGGAGGACUGGUGCGCAGGAGGAGAGCGGCAGCCGGAGCAGCUGCUGCCGCUCAUCAGCAAACACAUGGAGCAGAAGGAGGCCUUCCUGAAGGCGUGUACGCUGGCCAGACGCAACGCCGAGGUCUUCCUCAAGUACAUCCAUCGAAACAGCGUCACUAUGGCCAACAUCUCUGGCCACAACAUCACCGUUUCCGCAGUGACGAGGGUCACCGAGGUCACCGGGCACUCCAGAGUGCCGGAGCAGCAAGUCAAAGGAAUCCUCAGCGAGCUUCUCCAGAGAGAAAACAGAGUUCUUCAUUUCUGGACGCUGAAGAAGCGCAGACUGGACCAGUGCCAGCAGUACCUGAUGUUCCAGAACCACGCCCAGCAGGCUCUUGAAUGGCUGCAGCAGUCAGGUGACCAUUACCUGGCCACGCACACGUCGCCGGGGGCAACGGCGGCCGAAACGCAGGAGCUGCUGAAUCAGCACAGAGAGUUCUGCAUUUCCGCAAAGCACACACAGGAGAAGGUUCACCUGCUGAUCCAGCUGGCUGAGAGCAUGCUGGCUAAAGGCCACGCCCACCGCGCCGAGCUGCGCCGCUGCGUUUCGGCGGUGGACAAGCGAUACCGCGACUUCACAGUCAGGAUGGGUCAGUACCGCCACCUGCUGGAGGCCGCGCUGGGCAGCAGCUCUCAGGACAACAAGGACCUGGAGCUGGAGCUCAUCCCCAACAGCUUGUCGGACUCUGACCCUGAGGUCAACCUGUCCGACCCGAGUCACCAGGUCAGCGACGAGAAGAGGCGCUCCGCCCGCAAGAAGGAGUACAUCAUGGCCGAGCUCCUCCAGACUGAGAGAGUUUACGUCAGAGACCUGCAGGAGUGCAUCGAGACGUACCUGUGGGAGAUGACCAGCGGCUCUGAGGAAAUCCCACCUGGACUCACCAACAAGGACGACGUCGUGUUCGGAAACAUCCAGGACAUCUACGAGUUCCACAACAGUAUUUUCCUGAAGGAACUGGAGAACUAUGAACAGCUCCCAGAAGACGUGGGGCACUGCUUCGUUACCUGGGCUGAUAAGUUCCACAUGUACGUGACGUACUGCAGGAACAAACCGGACUCCAGUUUACUGAUCCAGCAGCAUGGAGCCGGAUUCUUCGAGGAGGUCCAGAGGAGACACGGCCUGGCCAACUCCAUCUCCUCGGCUCUGAUCAAACCGGUGCAGCGGAUCACCAAGUACCAGCUGCUGCUGAAGGAGUUGCUGGCCUGCUGUGAGGAGGGCAAAGGUGAGAUUAAAGAAGGCCUGGAUGUGAUGCUGAGUGUCCCAAAGAGAGCCAACGACGCCAUGCAUGUCAGCAUGCUGGAAGGUCUGGAGGAGGGCCUGGAGGUGCAGGGCGAGCUCCUCCUGCAGGACUCCUUCCUGGUCUGGGAGCCCAAGUCUCUGAUCCGGAAGGGCCGGGACCGGCACCUGUUCCUGUUUGAGCUGUCCCUCAUCUUCAGCAAGGAGAUCAAGGAUUCCUCUGGACGCACCAAGUAUCUGUACAAGAGCAGGCUGAGGACGUCAGAGCUGGGCGUCACAGAGCACAUCGAGGGGGAUCCAUGUAAGUUCGCCCUGUGGGUCGGACGAACGCCGACGUCCGACAACAAGACCGUCCUGAAGGCGUCUUCCUUGGAGCUGAAGCAGGAGUGGGUUCGCAGCAUCAGACAGGUGAUCCAGGAGAGGCGGGGCCACCUGCGGGGGGCGCUGCGGGAGCCCAUCCCCCUGCCCAAAACCCCCAACCCGACCCUGGGCCGGCAGCGCAGCAUCACCCGCAGGGAAACGAGCGAAGACGCGGACAGCCUGGGCGACGCCAGCAGCCAGCCCGACACCGUCUCCAUCGCGUCCCGGACGUCGCAGAACACGGCCGACAGCGACAAGCUGUCUGGAGGCUGCGAGUUAGUGGUGGUGCUGCUGGACUUCGCCAGCGGCGGCCCCGGGGAGCUGAGCGUCCGCUGCGGUCAGACGGUGGAGCUGGUGGAGCGCUCUGCCGACCGGCCCGGCUGGUGCCUGGCCAGAACCACGGAGCAGAACCCUCAGCAGGAGGGGCUGCUGCCCAUGAGCGCCCUCUGCCUGUCACACUCCCACAGUGCAGCCGACAUGGAGGGGCUGGUCCCGGCCUCCACCACCGCCUCCACCACCACCACAACCACCUCCUCCGUCUGCAACUCCUCCUCCUCCUCCAGCACCACCAACACCACCACCUCCUCCUCUGCUGGGAGCACUGGGAAGGAGUCCAGUCUGUACAGCUCUGACGGUUCAGGUCUUCAGAUUCAAACCAACAGCCAAAGCGUCACUUCCCCGACUGUGUUUGGCGUCAGUGGACCACCAGGGGGCACUGCGGGGUCUCCAGGUCCGAAACGCACCAGUUCUGGAACUGGAAACACUCUGAAGCGUUGGCUGACGAGUCCCGUCCGAAGACUGAGUCAAGGAAAAGCCGACGGACAGAAAAAGCCCACAAUCAGAACCAGGAGGCGGGACAACAGGUCCGAUGUGGCCACGCCUUUUUCUGGGAACGCGCAGGCGAAGGCGAAGAAGGAGGAGGCGGGGCAAAGUGGAGGAGAGGAGGAGCCUGAAGAGGAAAGCCACACCCCUCUGCCACCGCCAAUGCAAAUCAUCAAAGACCCCAACAACCCGGAGGCUUUGGACUCGGAUCAGGGAUCCAAUGAAUCGGAUACAGAGCAGCGAAAUAAAGCACUGAGGGGACGAAUGUUUGUUGUAAACGAGAUGAUCCAGUCAGAGAAGGACUACGUGAAGGACCUGGGUGUGAUCGUCGAGGGCUUCAUGUCCAGGCUGGAGGUCCGAGGGAUUCCCGAAGACAUGAGAGGCAAAGACAAGAUCGUCUUCGGAAACAUCCAGCAGAUCUACGACUGGCACCGCGACUUCUUCCUGGUGGAGUUGGAGCGCUGCGUUCAGAACCACGACCUGCUGGCCGACCUCUUCAUCAAACAUGAGCGCCGACUGCACAUGUACAUCGUUUACUGUCAGAACAAGCCAAGGUCGGAGUUCAUCGUAAUAGAGUACGAGACUUUCUUUGAGGAGAUCCAGCAUGAAAUCAGCUGCAGGAUGUCCAUCAGUGAUUAUCUGAUCAAACCCGUCCAGAGAAUCACAAAGUACCAGCUGCUGCUAAAGGAUUUCCUGAAGUACACAACCAAAGCUGGUCUGGACUGUGAAGAGGUGGAGAAAGCAGUGGAGCUAAUGUCGCUGGUUCCUAAACGCUGCAACGACAUGAUGAACUUGGGGCGCCUGCAGGGAUACGAGGGGAAGCUGACGUCUCAGGGGAAGCUGCUGCAGCAGGAAACCUUCUGCGUUUGGGAGCAGGACGGCGGCGUUUUGUCCCGCAGCAAAGAGCGACGAGUCUUCCUGUUCGAGCACAUCGUCAUCUUCAGCGAACUGCUGCGAAAAGGCUCCAACAACCCCGGGUACCAGUUCAAAAACAGCAUCAAGGUGACCUACCUGGCCAUGCAGGAGAGUGUGGAUGGAGACCCCUGUAAGUUCGUCUUGUGGUCCCGUGGGUCAGCGGAGCGUUUCGCGCUGCAGGCCUCCUCCGCCAGCAUCAAGAUGACCUGGGUGGAGACCAUCGCCACCCUGCUGGAGGCCCAGAACAACUUCCUGUCAGCUCUCCAGUCGCCUAUCGAGUACCAGAGAAAAGAGGCUGGGAUCUCUGUGACCCGGCCGCUGUCGUCAGGGCGACCGGCGUCGACCCCGCCCACCCCCAACGGCCACGCCUCUCAGCCUACGCCAGACAGCGAGCAAGACGACCAGGAGCUGGUUCUGGUGGUGCAGGACUUCCUGGCGGUUCGGGAAGACGAGAUCACCGUGUACCGAGGAGAGAAGGUCCAGAUCCUGUCGUCCAAUCAGCAGGGUCAGAGCCUGGUGUAUCGGCCAGCCAACGUCGAAUCGCCCGCUGCCGAGGGAUGGGUGCCACGGAGCGUGCUCAACACACCCUGACACACACACACACACUGACUGAGGUCAAAGUCUGGUUUACACUUUACACACACACACCUGCCACCUGCAGGCCAACAGGGUGAACAGCACCAAGCGAAAUCCAGAGAGAAACUGAAGGAGGAUGAUGAUGAUCAGCUGCUGACCACAAACUGACUGGAUCAGGAGAAAAAAAAUCAAUGAAACUAUCAAAAAUCUAUACAGUUAUCAGCUGAGUUAUGUUCAGAUGUGCCUGAGUUACGACUUUAUUCAGAUUAAUGUAAUGUUGAAGGACUUAUAUCUGCUUUUUCUUCCUUUUGGAUGUUCAGACUUUAUUUACUGAACUUUAUUUCACUGAUAUUGAUAUUAAAUUCCAACUAAUAUUUUACCAAAUUAAGAAAAACAUAAAUUAACCUUGCAAUGUUUUACUUAGAGCAAAAAUCAGUUUUAUUUAAUCUUUAUUCAGUUGUAGAUAUCUGACCUCUUCUGGAUUAAACCAAUUUAAACUAAUAAUCCGCUUCUUAAGCUUCUAGUUGGACUUUGUCACCAUAAAUCAAAGGAAGAAGGAGUUAAUUUGCAUAAUUAAGUCUUAAAUCUUUCAUGGUACAAAGUUGACAUCAUCGUCCUUCAGGCUUCUGAUUACAGUUCACACACACACACACACACACACACACACACAC